UGUUGUCGGCCGGCGUCAAGGCGACGGUGCUGUUCUCUUCCUCUGACUGCGGUUGCUGUUCAGUUCAAUCCAGCCGGUCUGGUUGAGUAACACAGUCGCCUGGACUGUGUCUAUGGUCGCUCCGCGGGCCGCUUUGCCGGCUGGUGCUUUUGUAUCAGGGCAAGCAGUAUUCCAUGGCAGGGAACUUCUGGCAGAGCUCCCACUAUUUGCAGUGGAUUUUGGAUAAACAAGAUCUGUUGAAAGAGCGCCAGAAGGACCUAAAGUUUCUCUCAGAAGAGGAGUAUUGGAAAUUACAAAUAUUUUUUACAAAUGUUAUCCAAGCAUUAGGGGAACAUCUUAAAUUAAGACAACAAGUUAUUGCUACUGCUACAGUCUAUUUCAAGAGAUUCUAUGCCAGGUAUUCUCUGAAAAGUAUAGAUCCUGUAUUAAUGGCUCCUACAUGUGUGUUUCUGGCAUCCAAAGUAGAGGAAUUUGGUGUCGUCUCAAAUACAAGAUUGAUUGCUGCUACUACUUCUGUAUUAAAAACUAGAUUUUCAUAUGCCUUUCCAAAGGAAUUUCCUUACAGGAUGAAUCAUAUACUAGAAUGUGAAUUUUACCUCUUAGAAUUAAUGGACUGUUGCCUGAUAGUGUAUCAUCCUUAUAGACCUUUGCUCCAGUAUGUGCAGGACAUGGGCCAAGAAGACGUGUUGCUUCCCCUUGCAUGGAGGAUAGUGAAUGACACUUACAGGACGGAUCUUUGUCUGCUGUAUCCUCCUUUCAUGAUAGCUUUAGCUUGCCUACAUGUAGCCUGUGUUGUACAACAGAAAGACGCUAGACAAUGGUUUGCAGAACUUUCUGUGGAUAUGGAGAAGAUUUUGGAAAUAAUCAGGGUUAUUUUAAAACUGUAUGAGCAGUGGAAGAAUUUUGAUGAGAGAAAAGAGAUGGCGACUAUUCUUAGUAAGAUGCCGAAACCAAAACCACCUCCGAACAGAAGCUCCCUGAGUGAUUCUCCACUAAUGGCAGGGCCUGAAGCUGCAAGAUGAUGGUGGACAAGAUAAGGCAAUCUCCUAUUGUCACAGUUACUGGUAUUUUCAGCUUUAGUUAUUUUUAUUUUAAUAUUCGGCAUUUUUCCAAGAAAUCACCAUAUUUUUGAUGUAUAAAGAUUUGUUAUCAUUUCCAUAUGAUUUUAUGCCAUUGGACAACAGUUUUUUUUCUUUUUUCUUUCUUUUUUUUUUUGAAAGACAUUUUGGAUUUUCCUAAAGAGCAGAAAUAGAAUUUUAUAUGUCAGAUUUAAUUUUGUAGGAAAUUCGUUCAGAAGAAGUUGUAAUCUCUAUGUUGAGUGAUACCUGUAAUAAUGUGAAACCCUAAACUCUAACUUAAAUCUUUGAAUGUAUAUGGACACUAACUUCUGGACUGCUUGUUAUGUAUGAGGGCCUCAAGUUACAGAAGAAUAAAAACAUAAAACCAA